CACCAAAUGACGAUCUCGACUCGGACUCUCGGGCAAGUGUGCGCUUGACUUCAUUCGUUCGGCGACAAUGGCGGCAGACCUCGAUCAGUUUCAACAGCUUUUAAAUACACUCCUCAGCACAGAUAACGAUGCCCGGACGCAAGCGGAGGAGGCGUAUGGUAAUCUUCCAGUGGAAAGUAAGGUGACAUUUCUUUUAACUACUAUUUGCAAUGGCACACUUGCUGAAGAAAUUCGGUCCAUGGCUGCAGUAUUGUUGCGUCGAUUAUUCGCCUCAGAAUUCAUGGACUUCUAUCCUAAGAUUCCACCAGAGGCGCAAGUUCAAUUGAAGGAACAAAUUUUAUUAUCAGUUCAAAAUGAACAGACAGAUACUAUACGACGUAAAGUCUGUGAUGUUGCAGCCGAAAUUGCUAGGAGUUUAAUAGAUGAAGAUGGCAAUAAUCAAUGGCCAGAAUUUCUUCAGUUCCUAUUUCAAUGUGCAAACAGUCCAUUGCCAGCGUUAAAGGAAAGUGCACUUCGAAUGUUUACAUCCGUCCCAGGUGUAUUUGGAAGUCAACAAGCAAAUUAUCUUGAUCUUAUAAAACAAAUGUUACAGCAAUCUGUUCUAGAUGCAGCAAAUUAUGAGGUCAGAUUUCAAGCAGUAAGAGCAAUUGGAGCAUUUAUAACAUUACAUGAGAAAGAAGAUAAUAUACACAAGCAUUUCUCAGAACUAGUUCCAGCAUUAGUACAAGUAACCGCUCAAUCUAUAGAAAAGCAAGAUGAUGAUGCUCUUUUAAAAGUGUUGAUAGAUCUUGCUGAAACUACGCCAAAAUUUCUUAGGGGGCAAUUGGAUAAUAUUAUGCAAAUGUGCAUGAAUGUAUUCUCCAAUGAAGAGAUGCUUGACAGUUGGAGGCAAUUGGCACUAGAAGUUUUGGUAACUUUGGCAGAAACUGCACCAGCUAUGGUACGGAAAGUUGGUGGAAAAUAUAUUGCAUCUUUAGUACCAUUGGUACUGGAGAUGAUGACUGAUUUAGAUGACGAUGAAAAGUGGAGUUUUUCCGAUGAAAUUAUCGAAGAAGAUAACGAUAGUAAUAAUGUAGUUGCUGAAAGUGCAUUAGAUAGAUUGGCAUGUGGUUUAGGAGGAAAAACGAUGCUACCACAAAUUGUGCAAAACAUCCCUACUAUGUUAAAUAACAGUGACUGGAAGUAUAGGCAUGCAGCACUUAUGGCUAUUUCAGCUAUUGGUGAAGGGUGUCAUAAACAAAUGGAAUGUCUUUUACCACAAAUAAUGGAAGGUGUCAUACAAUAUCUGCAGGAUCCACAUCCUCGUGUAAGAUACGCUGCCUGCAAUGCAGUAGGUCAAAUGUCUACAGAUUUUUCGCCUAUAUUUGAAAAAAAAUUUCAUGAUAAAGUUAUCCCUGGAUUAUUGAUGGUAUUGGACGAUAAUGCAAACCCCAGAGUUCAAGCUCAUGCUGGUGCAGCUCUAGUAAACUUUAGUGAAGAUUGUCCAAAAACUAUCCUAACACCCUAUCUGGAUGCUAUAAUGGCUAAACUCGAAUCAAUAUUAACUGCUAAAUUUCAUGAAUUAGUUGAAAAGGGAACUAAACUUGUGCUUGAACAAGUUGUCACAACAAUUGCUUCUGUUGCUGAUACUUGCGAAGAACAGUUUGUAACGUAUUAUGAUAGAUUAAUGCCUUGUUUGAAGUAUAUCAUCCAAAAUGCAAAUCAACAGGAACAUAAAAUGUUACGGGGUAAAACCAUUGAAUGUGUUAGUCUUAUAGGUCUAGCUGUUGGUCCGGAAAAGUUUAUUGUGGACGCUAGUGAAGUUAUGGAUAUGUUACUAAAAACGCAUUCAGAAGGUGAUCUUCCAGAUGAUGAUCCACAAACCAGUUAUCUUAUAUCUGCUUGGGCCAGAAUUUGUAAAAUUCUUGGAAAACAAUUCGAACAGUAUCUACCAUUAGUAAUGGGACCUGUAUUACGAACAGCUGCUAUGAAACCUGAGGUUGCAUUGUUGGAUAAUGAAGACAUGGAAGGUAUUGAGAGCGAUCUUGAUUGGCAAUUUGUUCAAUUAGGAGAGCAACAGAACUUUGGUAUUAAAACAGCUGGUUUAGAAGAUAAGGCUUCAGCAUGCGAAAUGUUGGUUUGUUAUGCACGAGAAUUAAAAGAAGGUUUCGCGGAUUAUGCCGAGGAAGUAGUACGAUUAAUGGUACCGAUGUUGAAAUUUUAUUUCCAUGACGGUGUCAGAACUGCAGCUGCGGCAAGUUUGCCGUAUCUCCUUGAUUGUGCUAAAAUAAAAGGUCCACAAUAUUUAGAAGGCAUGUGGGCAUAUAUCUGUCCCGAUUUGUUGAAAUCUAUCGAUACAGAACCGGAAUCUGAAGUAUUGUUGGAACUAUUGUCCUCCUUAGCAAAAUGUAUCGAGACACUGGGCGCAGGCUGUUUAAGCGCACCGCAUAUGACUGAACUUUUACGGCUCAUAGAUAAAUUACUUAAUGAACAUUUUGAAAGAGCAGUUGCUAGAUUAGAAAAACGAAAAGACGAAGAUUAUGACGAGGUUGUUGAAGAACAACUUGCUGAUGAAGACAAUGAGGACAUAUAUAUCCUCAGCAAAAUCGCUGAUAUUUUACAUGCCUUAUUUACAACUUAUAAGUCUUCAUUCUUCCCAUACUUUGAUCAAAUAUGCGGACAUUUUGUAAAAUUAUUAAGCCCCGAAAGAUCAUGGUCGGAUCAUCAAUGGGCCUUGUGUGUCUUUGAUGAUGUAAUAGAAUUUGGAGGACCCGAAUGUGCAAAAUAUCAAGAUAUUUUUUUGCGACCUAUGAUUCAAUACGUUUCUGAUAAAUCUGCAGAAGUUAGGCAAGCAGCAGCUUAUGGUUGUGGAGUUUUAGGCCAAUUUGGUGGAGAAGGAUUUGCACAAGCAUGUGCAGAAGCUUUACCAAAAUUAAUGGAAGUUAUUAGCGAUCCUGAAUCUAGAUCGCCGGAGAAUGUAAACCCUACUGAAAAUGCUAUUUCGGCAGUAACUAAAAUUCUUAAAUAUAAUAAUAAAGCAAUCAACGUCGAUGAAAUUCUUCCACACUGGUUAACUUGGCUACCAGUUGUUGAAGAUGAAGAUGAAGCACCUCAUGUUUAUGGAUACUUGUGUGAUUUGAUCGAAGCAAAUCAUACAGUAGUUUUAGGAACAAAUAAUGCGCAUUUGCCUCGACUUAUAAGUUUCUUUGCUGAAGCAUUGUUCAGAGAAGCUGUGCCUACUGACCAUCCUGUUAUGUCAAGAAUUCUCGGUAUUGUUAGAGAAAUACAGAACAACGAGACGAUAUUCCAGGCAACCAUAAUGCAAUUAACAACAGAUCAGCAACAAGCGCUUCAUGAGGCACUUAGCACAUUAAGUUGAAUUUUUAACAUCGUAACAAAGUAAAAAAAUAAUGUUAAAUGCCCGCGUUAAUUAAUCUCCCGGGAAAAAAUCAGAGAUUUUAGGUAAUUAGAUUAUACCUAUAAACCGUUCGCUCCAGCCUAGCUAUACAUACAUGCAAAUAUAUUUAAGGGUUUCAUAUAUUAUUAUCCAUAUGUAACUUGUUGAGCAUAUAAUUCUGAAUUUAUUAUCAGAUUCAAUAUUAUCAGUUUUCUAUUGUCAAGGAUUGUUGCAAAACAUUCGAAGUAAAAUUUGUAUUUAAUAUUGUUUCAUUUAUGAUACUGUUGUAAAUGAAAAUAAGUCAAAAGAAAUUUUAUUAACUCUGAAUGAAUUCACAGAAUUGACAGAAUUUGGAGAAAUGUAGUUUAUAUAUUCCUAAAAGGUUUUAAACUUAAUAUUUGUUUACGUGAUGUAUAUACAUUUACUCUUUUUUUGCUACUUUUUUUUUCAUUAGAUUGGUUAACAUUGAAAAAUUUAUAAAUGAUGACGUCGACUUAGCUGAAUUUUCAAGCGAUUCUCCGCCAUUGAGAGCCGAAUGAUGCUAAAUUUAAAAACGGAAAAAAUGGCUUUGUAAAAAUUGCAUAGUGCAGUGUACACAUCAUAGCUUUGUUGUGUGAACAUAACGUUAAGAAAUUAUAAUUUUCUGAUCUUUCGCAUUAUAUUUACAUUCUCAAUUUAUCCUUUGUUUUGGCAAAGCUAUAAAAUAGACUGGAAACUUAUUGUAGCCAUGAAGUAAAUGCAUGACAUUCUAAUUUAGGUAUUUUUAUUAUUAAAUUUAGAUGCAGUUACUGUUAUUUAAUAAUAUCGCUAAUAUUGCAAUGUUGAGGUCUAUGUAUACGAAUGCCUUUUGAAUGAAACGUAAUGAAAUUUUUAGAACUUUUAGAUACACUUUUAGAUUCAUUAUAAAUUUGUGGCAUAUAAAUAGAUACAUCUCUUUUAUAGAAUUACAUAAAAGAUGUAUAUAUUUAAACACUGUAAAUUACAAUUUUUCUUGUAAUUUUACAGCUAAUUUUUAUUGAAUUAUAUUUAGCUGUAAUUUUACAAUAUGUUUGUCAUAUAUCUAAUGUUAUUCGAAAAUAAGAAAGAAUAAUGAAACAUACCAUAGUUGAUUAAAUUUAUAUAAAAUUGACCAAUUCAAUGCAUUACGUUUCCUUCAAUUGAUAUAAUACAAGAAUAUCUAUGUUAAAUGAAAAGAACUGAGUGAAAUAAUUUGUUUAAACAACCUGUGCUAUUUAUUUAUGUGUACUCUGAUACACUUGCAAUUAUAUUAAAAUUUCACUAAUGGAAAAAUUAAUUAUAGUGAAGCUCUUUGUGGCUACUUUCAAUAUAAAAGCUUCAAAUAGACUUUUUUUUACUACGAUGUCUAGAGGAGUAAAAAUGAAAAAUAAACAUUUAUUUGUACAUACAACAUCAAAGUAUAAAUAUCGAACAAGUAUAAAGAAUUGAAUUACUUGAUUGUAAGUAUCCUUGAUAUAAGGCAGACACUGCCUCGACAUUGUUUCAACAAAAAUCAACACCACAAUCUUGUAAGAUGCACACAUACUAUUGCAUAUGAUAGAUAUAAAAUCAAUGUUGGACUAUUUACGCGAUACGUAUCUGUGAGAAAGGAAGAAUAUAAACAUCAUUACGGAAGAAAAAAUUAUGAAUCUUACAAUUAUAUAGAGAUUAUUUUAAAGUUAUUAUUAAUUAAAAUAAAUCUCAGCUUUGUAA